UCCAUUACCAAUUUUGAUAAGGAUUUAUUUGAGUAUAUAAACACUUGGUGUUGAAUUUUUAAAUAAUACACGUUUCAUUUUGAAAAUGCGUGCUACAAUUUUAUGCUUUGUGUUAGCAGCCUUUGUGGCUUCCACUUGUGCAGAUCCAGUGCCUGACGUUCGUGGUAUAGAAGUUAAAGUUUUGGAAUCGAAUGAUGUUGAAUUCGUUCUUAGUGAAAUCGUUGCAGCUACCGAGUAUGCAUUCAAAACUGGAUUAUCCUCAAGUGGUAGAAUGACUUUACUCGAAAAUCAAUUAAGAGUUAGAUUGCCAAAUAAUAAUUGGUUUGUAACUGAAAGUGCUAAUGGUAUUGCACACACAUCAAAAAUGUACGUGUAUUUCAGAGUUCUUGAUGGAUUAAUCCCAUAUAAAGUACACAUUGUUGCUGGUUAAUUUAAAAUUAAUUUUAAAACAUAUGUAUAAUUGUUAUCAAGAUCAGAUAAAUAAAAUGAUUAUUAAGCAUUUA